CGGGGCGGCCGACCCCCAGUAGCGCUGCCACCUUCUGCGCAGCCUGGCCGGAUUGAGCUGGGCCGCCGAUCGCUGGCCGAGGCGCGGCUGGAGCAUCCCCGCCCCCGGCAGCGGCGCCCCCACUUUCCAACUCCACGGUCCCAGCGGCGCGCGCGGGAUGCAGCUGCCCCGGGACGCAGGCAAGGCACCAGGCACAGGGCGCUGGGAGCGAGAAACUGGCGCCCGAUGCUGGACUCAAGGUGUUUGGAAUCGAGGUGCCUAGAACGCAUUCCUCUGGAGAUCAGAGUCCUUGUCUACAGCGGGCCAGGGUUAUAGCCUGCCCUUCGGAUGAAAAGAGAAAGGAAGAAUGGACUAUAAUCACCAAACUUCCCUUGUCCCAUGUGGACAAGAUAAAUACAUUUCCAAGAACGAACUUCUCCUGCAUCUGAAGACCUACAACCUGUACUAUGAAGGCCAGAACUUGCAGCUGCGGCACAGAGAGGAAGAAGAUGAAUUCAUUGUGGAGGGGCUGCUGAAUAUCUCCUGGGGGCUGCGCCGGCCCAUCCGCCUGCAGAUGCAGGACGACAAUGAGCGCAUCCGCCCUCCUCCAUCCUCCUCCUCCUGGCACUCCGGCUGCAACUUGGGGGCUCAAGGCACCAUUCUGAAGCCCCUCACCAUGCCUAACAUUCAGAUCUCCGAGGUGGAUGCGCCUCCUGAGAGUGAGCAGACACCAAGCCCCACAGACUCCAGGGGCCUGAAACCUGUGCAGGAAGACACCCCACAGCUGAUGCGCACACGCAGUGAUGUUGGGGUUCGUCGCCGUGGCAAUGUGAGAACACCCAGUGACCAGCGGCGAAUCAGACGCCACCGCUUCUCCAUCAAUGGCCAUUUCUACAACCACAAGACCUCCGUAUUCACGCCUGCCUAUGGUUCCGUCACCAAUGUUCGCAUCAACAGCACCAUGACAACCCCACAGGUCCUGAAGCUGCUGCUCAACAAAUUUAAGAUAGAGAAUUCAGCGGAGGAGUUUGCUUUGUACGUGGUCCACACCAGUGGUGAGAAGCAGAAGCUGAAGACCACUGAUUACCCCCUGAUUGCCCGAAUCCUCCAGGGCCCAUGUGAGCAGGUCUCCAAAGUGUUCCUGAUGGAGAAGGACCAGGUGGAGGAAGUCACCUAUGAUGUGGCCCAGUACAUAAAGUUUGAGAUGCCUGUCCUUAAAAGCUUCAUUCAGAAGCUCCAAGAGGAAGAAGAUCGUGAAGUAAAGAAGCUGAUGCGCAAGUACACCGUGCUCCGGCUAAUGAUUCGGCAAAGGCUGGAGGAGAUAGCCGAAACCCCAGCAACCAUCUGAACCAUGAGAACAAGGGGAUCCGGACACCCCAGGGGCUGCGGAUGACCUGAGAUGACACACUGGAAGCUUGCUGCUUUCCUUCCAUGGAAACGUUGAGAUGCAGACCUCUGCAGCUCCUGAGCAGCCAUCAUUUGCUCCCUGGAGCAGGAUGAAGAAGCCAGCUGACAAGUCGCCAUCCCUGGAUCCCUGUUCUCUCUUCUCUCUCACAAAGACUUUUGUUCUAAGGAGGACCCAAAAUGUGUGUGUGUGUGCACGCGCACACACACACACACACAUACACAAUACAUGUCCAUGUGCCUCCCUGAUAUUUUCACAUGCAAUUAAAUUCCAAGCAACCAGCACAAGUGCCAUGAGGCUGGCAGAUGAUCUGUUGAUGGGCAGGAAAGUCAGGGGAGUCCCUAUCCCAGGGGCUUUAGGCUAAAGAAGUGAUUUCUCCCCUCUAGUGCCAGGUGGAAUCACACUUACCUGCCUAUCUCUACAGGGGAAAAGUCCCUCAGACUCACCAUUUGGGGAAUUUAUAUCUUAGUAGAGAUUCUCCCUGUUUGCCUGGAAGGAUCUGUGGAUGAGAUCCUUGGAAAUUAAUAAAGCAACAGCUUCAUACCCUUGGUGCAAGUCUGAUGGCAGGAAAAAGAUAAACCUUCACAUGGGAUAGAUGCAAUGAGUCCAUGAGUUCUUACACUGGAAAUUUUGAUUGUUUUAAAUUAGCAAAGACGAAUAUGCCAUGCUGUGUGGAUGCUCGAAAAGAAUGGAUUCUUCCUCCAUCCGCCCCCACCUCUGGGAGACCAGGGAACCGUGUGCCAAGCUGCUUUCCAAGCGGCCAACCCAUCUCUCUGGUGCUUCCUUGGACUGAAGGAGUCUCUUGAAUCAGUGGUCUCUCUGGUGUGCACAUGGCACUGACUCGUAGCUGUGCUGAGAGCCUUUGUGGCGAUGGUGGCCCGGAAGCUUCCAAGUGCCAUUCUUAAGGUUGAAGGGAAGGGUAGAGGUCACCUCAGAAAUGACAGGUGCCUUCAUGCGCUGCCCAUCUUCACAUCAACAAGUCUUCCUGCACUUGGAGCGGGUCUGUGUGUUUCCAGUCAAGACUGUACUCUUCCCAACCUCUGGAUUCUUGCAAGUUCCUUCACCUUGGAAGUGGAGAUGGAACCCAAGAGUGAGGACAUGUCCUGCUGCCUGCUGAAUGUGGCCUCGGGGAAGCCACCCUGUGAUGGUACCCAGGGAGGACAGAGCUUCUUUUUCAGUUUCUCAGCAGCCACUGUGAUGAUCAUUAGAGCCAACCUCACCUUGGGGAAAGGGCAAAGACAGUCUUUCUCCUGUGACCCCAACCAGGAAGACUGCCAGGCAGCUGGGGACCUGUGUGGGAUGCUGUUGGAGGAGGGACAGAAAGAUGCUUCGAGCCAGGUUUUGUGUAUGGAGAUCAAUCAAGCAAGAUCUGGAACUUCUAACAGAGGCACUUGGGAAGCUUACUGGGGAAGGGACCCUCCCAUCUCUUUUCUACCUCCUCUCCAAGGAAGGGCUUGGGGUAGGAGAGCCAUGGCUGGUACCUCCCAAGGAAGGUAGACCUUGUGGCAGAACUGUUGUUGCCCCCAGCACGCUCCCAUCCCCCACCUGCACUCCAGGCCUUCUCCACGGACUAUUUAGAAGGCUCACAGCUGUGGCCUCAUUGUGGACUUUCAAAAAGAUGGCAAGCUGCCAGCAGGCAUUUUGCAGGUGGUAGUGGGAUCUCUUAGCAAGCCUACUUCCUGUGCGGGGGCAGCACCGCCAGACCCAUGGGGCAUGCGGUGGAAACCCAGAGGGGCUUAGCCUCAAUCAUACACUUCUGCAAAGUGCACAGAAUUGUGGGGGAGAAAGAGGGUGUGUGGCAGUGGGGAGAAGUUUCCUUUGUUACAGAUGCAAACGAGCAGUUUUGUGAAUGCAAACAGACCUCCUGAGGUUUGCAUUUGAGAAAAGGAUUUCGAGAAUUUCUCUCCCAGUUAUUUUUAUCUUGAACUGUUCAAAGGCUUCAUUGCCCCAAUAAUUCUCCUUUGGGGGCUGGGAGGAAGAAUUUCCACAAAGCUAAUUACUAACCACUAAUUCUUAUUGAACGGCUAUUUCUGGUUCAUAAAAGUUCUUUGUAAUUCGUACUAGCACUAUGAUCAUGUUAAAUAUGGAAAUGUUGCAAACUGCUAGUUGGAUAGGACACUUGCCGAGAAUGUGAAACCAAGGUAGAUUUGGCUUUUUUAAAGAUGGGGACUCGGGAUAGAAGUGGGGGAAAAGUACAUCUUACACCAUCCACUUUAACUCACACACUUUUCUAUUUUGGCUCAUCCUGUUGCGAUCAUUUCUCAUGUCCUAGUAACCUGAUCAAGAAUUUUGGAAACUUGACUGGGAGUGUACAGAAUGCAGGGUGUACGCUUAGCAUGCGUGAGGCUCUGGGUUCAACCAGCACCCAAAAUGAACAAACAAAAAAAGAACCCAAACAAAAACAGAAUUUUAGAAACCUUUGAAAUAACAGCCUCUGCACAGUGUGGAUCAGAUUUUCUCACUGGUAUCACAUGGCCUUGCAACUUUGAACUCCUUAACCAAUUCGCGUGGGUUUAUGUAACUGUGUGCAAUGAACCUGAAAUUGUGUGAAGAACAAAAGGCCAACGUAUAGGGUUUUUUUUUUUUUCCAACUUGUGAAAAGCAGUUUAGCUGCAUCCGGCUUUUUCUUUCUGUCUUUCUUUUCUUUUCUUUUUUUUUUUUUUGGUAGAGGCUUAUGUUACCAGGCGAUCAAGUGAAGGAAAAACCUGAGUCGUCUGGCUGGGGCAGUGGAAUUAAGCACAAGGUCACAUGCUCGGUGAUCACAUUAGUGGGAAACUUAAAUGGGUGGGUGUCUUUGGGAAGGACCUGAAAAGCACAAAUGAUAGACAAGCCAGUGCGAGCCAGUGGGGCGUGUGCACCCUAGUCUUGGGGCUGGAUGGAUUUCAACUUUGAGUUGAGGUCAAGGUGAGAGGGUCUCAGGAGAUUAGCCACCUAUCCCUGAGACAAGUGUGGAGGCCGGAGGUCACUGUCUCCUUGAAGAGGAGCUGGUGCUAAAGCAUCAGGUGCUUCAAAGGACGAAUAUUUGUACUGUCCUCCUUAACCAAAAGGAAAGCAAUGCUCUCCUCAAAACCUCCACAUAAAGACAUUUUAUCAUCAUAUCUAUGGCAUAUGAUGACCCCCCAAAAUCUGUUCUCCAUGCAAAAACAUCUUGGCAAGAAUUGCUUCCUAUGGAGCUGGGAGAUGAUUACAGUGUCAGGAAGUAAGAGGAGAAAUGGGCCAAAGAGGGCAAGAAGCUCUUAAGAGAAGCUCUUUUUUUUUAAAUGUCAUAAACCAACCUGAAGUUCACAUUUUAUUUCAAAGCGGAGAACUUGGUGUCAGAGAUUUGUUUCUCAGACAGCAGUUUGUAUAUGGAUGAGGGACUUGCAGUAUCUCAUGGGUCCAAACCGUGACAUUGAGAAUGCAAUAGGAGGCAGAGGGAUUGCUACGACAGCAUGCAGUUUUGAGUUUCUACUUAAAUUGUUUUAUACAAAGCUUUGCUCGAGUCAGAUAGAAUAUGAUCUCCUAGAUGUAAACAUAGAAACUAAGGCAGCACCCCUUCUUCCAGACGUAAGUGGAAGUGCUGACCCUGCCGCGGGAUGUUAGUACCCCUCUGACUGUCCUCACCUUUUAACUGAACUCAGAGAAGCACAAGUUGUGAAGAAAAGUCUGUUUCCCUUUGGAGUCUUCCCGGCAGAUCACAGACCUACCUGUUCCUGGGUGGAUGGUUUCUGGUGUGUAGUUACUAGUGUUUCUUCAGGGUUUUCCCUCUUGUUUUAGUUUGGUGAAGCAUUCUUUUCCUAACUUGCCUUCCAGUGAUGGUAUCUGGCCUGGUUCGAUGUUUAGUUCUGAACUGAUAAACUGAUUCAUCUAGGCAUCUUAACAUAAUUUGACAAGGCCUCAGUCGGGAGCCGUACAUUUUUUGUAACCUUUUGAUAUGUUUUAAUGCACCUGAUUUAGAUCUGAUUGAAAUAAAGCACUUUUCAAAGAGAA